AUGGGAGUUGGCCAGAUCCCAGUCGAUCUUCUCACGCAUCUUAACAUCGCCUUUGGCUAUAUUAGCCCGGACUAUCGAGUGACAAGUAUGGAUGAUCUGUCACCGGAUGUCUAUAAGGUUGUAGGUAAUCUCAAAGCUCGAAACCUAGCUUUGAAGAUUAUGAUCGCUAUUGGCGGAUGGACCUUUAGUGACCCUGGUCAAUAUCAGAGUGUUUUUCCUACUAUAGUCUCUAAUAAAUGCAACCGUGCCACAUUCAUUCAGAAUUUUCUUGGAUUCCUUGCUGAGUAUGGCUAUGACGGAGUUGACUUUGACUGGGAGUAUCCGGGUGCUGAUGAUCGAGGAGGCUCGGAGUCAGACGGCGUGAACUAUACCACAUUCUUGAAAGAGCUUCGCGCAGCUGUCAAUGCAAGUGGUAAACAAUAUCUGGUAACAUUUACCGCGCCUACAUCUUAUUGGUAUCUGCGUCAUUUUGAUAUCAAGGCUAUGACAGAAUAUGUUGACUGGAUCAAUUUGAUGGCGUAUGAUCUGCACGGUGUCUGGGACAGCGAGAACCCUAUCGGUAGCCAAGUCCUUGCUCAUACAAACUUGACCGAGAUUGACCUCGCGUUGGACCUUUUCUGGCGUGUGGAUGUAGAUCCCUCUGCCAUCGUCCUAGGAUUAGGAUUUUACGGCAGGUCGUUCCAACUCUCUGAUACAUCGUGUUGGAAACCCGGUUGCGAGUUCAGCGGUCCCGGUGCAAAGGGGAAGUGUACAGAUGCUGCAGGCAUUCUGUCCUACCGCGAGAUCCAAUCCAUCAUCAGUGAUGCCGGUGGCACUGCGUAUUUAGACAAAGAAGCUGCUGUCAGAUACAUGGUUUACAACGGCAACAACUGGAUCUCAUUUGACGACGAGGGAACUUUCAAACAAAAGAUUGACUACGCUAACAAGAUGGGUCUGUCUGGUCUGAUGGUCUGGGCCAUUGACCUGGACGAUAACUACCUUGGCGCGCUGAGAUCAAUCUCAGACGCGCAAUAUCUCAACAGCACCUCGAAUACUUUUGACCCGGUCGACCUCAAAUACGUCUUUCCCGAAGAUAUGCUACUUGCUGGGACUGUUCCUACCUAUAGCCUGACUACAUUUGGUAGCGCGGCAGAUGCCGGAGACAUGAGUCCAGGGGCAGGCUUCGGAUUUUUGCUUUUUGCUGGUGACUCCCAUGUUGUUUCGCAGCUACGAAAGCGUGAAGGACAGCCAGAUCCCUUUGUCUUUCUCAGCUGUCCCGCCAAUAUGAACGUCAAAGAUACCGACACGACUUUUACAGCCCGGGUCAUCUGUCUGAGUAAUGAUAUUGAAGGAUGCUUCCGAGUCGCCGAGAGAGGGGUGGAAGGCACUAUCGUGGAGAUGCCCGACAAUGUAAGUCCUCGAACAAGAUUCAAAAUCGCUUUCUACACAGGCAUCCCAGAUUUGCUGGAUAGCUGA